UUUUGCCGAAAUCGAGCCAGUUCACUUCCAUGGUUUGGAGAAAGGUUUAAUACGAUGUUUCAAGUGGUUGUGCAUCGCGGUACACCGAGAGCUUCGGAGAGUGUUCUUACGAACCAGAUUCAUAGUAGUCAAAGCCGAGAUUUGUUCAAAUUUCUCCAAUUCUCCGACCUCAACCUACCACCGUUGCUUCUUCCAAGACUUGCUGUGUUGAACGUAUAAGCUUCGUGCGUGUCAUCUGAGUAUCGGCAAGUCUUCAACUUCUGCAGCUAAGAGAAUAUCAGGCACUCGCUGUUUGGGUAGUGAGGCUCCACAAGAGGCACAGACUAGAAACCACCAGUCGCGCCGUCCCACCAGCCCGUCCACCACGGCUGUCGCUCUGCGCGGAGUUGCCGAUCUGAAAGUCGAAUUGACGCAUUCUCGCACCAUGCCGGCUCGAGCUCCAGUUGUCCGUCUCGUGGCGCUCUCGCUGUUCCUCCUCCCCCUCCUCUCGUCCGCGCAAGACCGGCAACCAUCGCUGCGGGGAGCGUCGACGUCGGCAGGGGGAGGCGGGCUGCCCGACGGCUCCGCGUGCCGCCUGGACUCAAAGCUCAAGCCCGCAGGGGAGCCGUGCGCCGCCUCACCUUUCGUGUGCGUGGUGACGAGAGUGCCCACGGCCAAGGACCCCUUCUACAGGGGCGUCUGCAACGCCUCCUACACCACUUCCCCGCACUGCACCUUUUUGAGCCAGCCGUACGCGGUGGGCACGACGGGCGUGAGCACCAACCCCGCGUGCCACCGCUGCGAUUGCAACGACCACCCUGAGAACGCCGACGCGACGGCGCAGGCCGCGGCGUUCGCGGCGGAAACGCUGUCGCGGCACGUGGGCGACACGGGCAUCCUCUCCGUGUCCGCGCAGUCGUUCCUGCGAUCCUCCAUCCUCGCCGCGCUUGGCGUCAACACGGCGCGCUGCGACUGCCAGGUGAUCGGGCCGUGCUACGUGGACUGGGAGGGCAAGGCGGUGAGCGGCACGGGCGGGGUGGCGUGCCCCCAGCGGCAGAGCCGGUGCGUCAUUCAGGAGGUGGGCGGGGGAGGCACGGACAAGCACGGUCGGCCCAUCGACGCAGGGACGUGCGAGCCGGCGGGGGAGUUAAACACGUGCAUGGCGGCGGGCGACGGGUGGGGGCCCAAAUAUUAUGCGCGCGGCGUGCAGGGGAUACCGGAUGCCCUGGACGAGUGCAAGCGGUGCCGGUGCAGCAAUGGCAACCAGGUGCUGGGGUGCGUGAAAGUGCCCAAGUGCAAGGCGGGGGGGGCAGGAGGGUGGGAUGAUGAUGCUGCUGCUGCUGCUGAUGCUGCAGGGGCAGCAGCCGUUGGAGAUGUGUAUGUGGAAGGACACACGGCAUGAGAGAGGGCAGCUGGGGCGUGCAAGUGGGGGAGGGGUGGACAAACCACCCUCUGCAGGGUGUUAGACAAGCACACGUUGCAGUCUGAGCAACUGCUUCCUGUGAGAAGCUCAGGAGCACUCUAUGCACACAUGUGCAUACACACAUACCACAUACAUACCUGCAAACGACUUGGGAUGGUAGUGUCACGUAGCCAUCCCGCCCUAGCUUGCUACCGCAGGCUGAGGAUCCCUAACUUCUGAUCUAAGAACAUAGUGCCUAGCCAUUGCUGUAGAACAACAUCUAACCCCCUGGCCAACAGUACCCUGUCCCUGUGCACCGUAUGUUGUACAGCAUGUGCACACUACAACACAUGAGAUCUGACAUGGAUCAUGAAGGCAUCCAAGGAGUUGACAAAUACAUGCUGCUUGUCCCUCAAAAGCGAAGUUUU